AUCUCUAUCUAUCCAUCUAUCUCUCAGCAGAUCAAACACAUUAAACCAAAAAAAACACAGCUUUUCUUCCAUUACGCGUAAUAGAGCUUCAAAACUCACUUUUUAUAUAAAUUCUUUAUCUGUCUCUUUCUAUUUUAGCUUCUUUUUGAUUCAUAUAUUAAACAGAGGUUUGUUGGGUUUUUUGUUCUUUGAAAAUUCUUGCAUUCUUUUACUUUAUUUGCUGCUCUUUCAGUCACUUUCUUUAAAUGAUGUGGCCAAUGUUAAAUCUUUUUCUGAAUCUGAAAUGGUUUAAAUUUUAGUUGUUAAUCAUGUUUUCAUUUCUUUAUCUUUACCCUUUACUGAGCUGAGCUUAGCUGAGUUUUGUUUUGAUUUAGUUUGGAAAAGGGUUUGAUUGUAGAUGGUAAAGUUUUCUUGAGUUGGUGAUAUUUAGAAAUGGGAUCUACUGAUAAUGGGUUUUAUUGUGGAGACUUUAAUUUGGAUGCUAAAUGGUUGAUUGAUCCUAAACUUCUCUUUGUUGGUCCAAAGAUUGGAGAGGGUGCUCAUGCCAAAGUUUAUGAAGGAAAGUAUAGGAAUCAAAUUGUUGCUAUCAAAAUUGUUCAUAGAGGAGAAACUCCAGAAGAGAUUGCCAAGAGAGAAGCACGAUUUGCACGAGAAGUUGCAAUGUUAUCUCGAGUUCAACACAAAAAUCUAGUCAAGUUUAUUGGUGCUUGCAAGGAACCUGUCAUGGUGAUUGUAACUGAGCUUCUAUUAGGUGGCACAUUGCGUAAAUAUUUGCUGAACAUGCGGCCAAGAUGCCUCGAAUUGCAUGUUGCGAUUGGGUUUGCACUCGAUAUUGCUCGUGCAAUGGAAUGCUUGCACUCCCAUGGGAUCAUUCAUCGCGACCUAAAACCUGAGAACUUGAUUUUGACGGCAGACCAUAGAACAGUUAAACUUGCGGAUUUUGGUCUAGCCAGAGAAGAAUCAUUAACAGAGAUGAUGACUGCUGAAACAGGGACAUAUCGUUGGAUGGCUCCAGAGCUUUACAGCACUGUUACACUAAGGCAUGGUGAGAAAAAACAUUACAACCACAAGGUGGACGCUUACAGCUUUGCAAUUGUCUUGUGGGAGCUCAUUCACAAUAAAUUGCCAUUUGAAGGCAUGUCAAAUUUACAGGCAGCAUAUGCAGCUGCUUUUAAGAAUGUGAGACCGACUGCAGACGAUCUCCCAGAAGAAUUGGCAAUGAUUGUGACCUCAUGUUGGAAAGAGGAUCCAAAUGGUCGACCGAAUUUCACCGAGAUCAUACAGAUGCUCCUGCGCUAUCUUUCUACAGUUUGUCCACCAGAGCCUGUCAUCCCUGCCCGGAUAUUCACCUCUGAGAAUUCUGUAUUCCCACCGGAGUCUCCUGGAACGAGUUCUUUAAUGGCUGUAAGAGAUGACUCGGAGGAAACCCCCAAGUCCGAGAUGGAAGACAACAAACCAAGAGGUUUCUUUUUCUGCUUUAACCAGUGUUAUUGAUCGGAUCCCUCCAACGACACAAAGCGUGCACGGAGGUAUUUUAGUCAGCGGUUUAAUAAACAGUAGUCUGAAGAAAAUUAGGAAAAUACAAGUUGACAAGAAAAUGUCAAUGUAGUUAGUUCAGUUGCUAUAGAAAAGCUACUAAAGAGCAUCUGAUGUCUCCAUUUCCACUACUAGUUCAUAUGAAUAUCUGUGAGCAAAUUACAAGUGGAAUUGGGUUUUGUUGUCAUCAUUAAAUGUUAUAGAAUAAGGUUCAUCAAACCAAAUCCAUUUUGUUGCUCUUGUUGAUGUACAUGUAAUUUGUGCUUUACCUUCUUAUAUAGUUAGACUUAGUUUCCA